ACCGGGCGAGCUACCCCUCCUGGCCGCGCCGCGCCACACAGCCCAGCGAUCCAGCCAUCAAAUUCCCUCUCCUAGUCGCGGAGGCGGGAGAUUCGCAAGGCAUGGCGGAGGAGCAGUUCCUGGCCGCGGCACUGGACGCCGCCAAGAGCGCCGGCGAGAUCAUCCGCAAGGGCUUUUACCUCACCAAGAAUGUGGAGCACAAGGGCCAGGUCGAUUUGGUCACCGAGACUGACAAGGCCUGCGAGGACCUCAUCUUCAACCAUCUCCGGAAGCUCUACCCGGACCACAAGUUCAUCGGCGAGGAGACGUCCGCGGCGCUUGGAUCCACCGCCGAUCUAACCGACGAACCAACCUGGAUCGUAGACCCCCUCGACGGCACCACCAAUUUCGUCCAUGGCUUCCCUUUUGUGUGCGUCUCCAUUGGCCUCACCAUUGGGAAAAUUCCCACUGUUGGGGUCGUGUACAAUCCCAUCAUGAAUGAGCUUUUCACAGCUGUUUGUGGGAAAGGUGCUUUCCUCAACGGUUCUCCAAUCAAAACAUCACCUCAAGAUGAGUUGAUGAAGGCCCUUAUGGUAACAGAGGUAGGAACCAAAAGAGACAAGUCCACUUUGGAUGAUAUAACCAACAGGAUCAACAAGUUACUAUUCAAGGUUAGAUCUAUACGGAUGUGUGGCUCUUUGGCCUUAAACAUGUGUGGAGUUGCUUGUGGUAGGCUAGAUUUGUGUUAUGAGAUCGGAUUUGGAGGCCCCUGGGAUGUGGCCGCUGGAGCGUUGAUUCUACAGGAAGCUGGGGGUUUCGUUUUUGACCCGAGUGGUGGUGAGUUUGAUUUGAUGGCGCAAAGAAUGGCAGGAUCAAAUGGGUACCUCAAGGAUGAGUUCAUCAAAGCAUUGGGAGAUGCAAGCUGAAUAAUCUGUUUCUUCUUUCGAGGUAGAAUAAGAAUACAUGAUCGCCUCACCAAUAAUUUACGAGGCCAAAUUUUCGUGUAGUUCCAUCUGAACAUCAUGCAUUGUUGUGCAAACAUCGUGGAUGUAGUGACAUUGUAUUCAUUGGAUAAAAUAUAUAUGUGGAUGUUUUGAUCGUUA